UCUUUGUUUUUACAUUUAUCAGGUGCCAAUCAGCCCAAAUAUCAGAGAGAAAUUAAAAAUGCAUGGGAUGGAAGAGUUCGGGUCUUAGGAGGUUAAAUUCUAUGACUGUACACAUUUCAUAGUGUUACUCCCCCCCAAUCACCAAUCUGGCUUUAUUUCUUGUUGUCAAUAACAACCCUCCUAUUAUUUUUCCAGAUCAGUCUGUCGAUAAAAUACAGAAACUGGUGCACAGUUUGCAGUCUGAAAUAUGUCAACAUGAUCAAGGUCUGUUUGUUGUUUCACUGUCAGCUGGAAUCUGUCAUGUGAUUUGGAGGUGUGGUCUGUCCUCCACCCCAGAUGUUAAUAACACUCACCAGACUGUAACAAUCAACCACCUGUGCUGAAAUCUGAAAUACCCAUGCUGUGGAUUCAAGGUGUGCUCUGGCACAAUCGUAGAUGACACAUACUGACAACAAAAAAUAAAGCUGAGUGGAGUUGGGGGCAACACUACUUUUAAAAUUUAUAUUCAGUGAUAAUAGUAGCUAGCCUCAAAGUGUUAACGCUUGUUUAUUUUAAUUAACAACAUUGUCAUAUAUAAAACUACAGUGGUAAGAGAAUUAUUUUAGGGUGGCACAUGCCACUCCAUGCCACCUCUGUAGAUCUGUCCCUUAUUUUUUAAAUGGUUGUGCAAAAAAGUCAGAAACACUGUUUACAUUUUAAGGCAUAUUACACAACACAACAGCUGCAUAUGUGUAAAGAAAUACCUUUGAUUUUGCCAGCCUAAGAACAUUUCAUUACAGCCGGCCCUGUAUACAAAGCUUUUAGUUCAGUGUGUACAAACAGCUGCAGGAAAUGGAUUCUGUUCUGUUCUUCACUCAUCUCCUACCUGACACCUCACACCUGUUUCUCACCUGCAUCAUCUGUUGGACUGAACGUUGGUCUGAAUGCUUCUUGUUGGUGUUUUUGAUCUACAGUAAACAUAAGAGACAGAGUCAGGAUUUGUUCCAGCCUCCCAGUAAAAAGCAGCAGGUUAGAAAUGUCUCAGAGCUUCUUAGGUGGUGAUGCUGGGUAAGAGAGGCCUGUAUCAGUAAAGCUCGUUUGUUUGUUGGUGUCUUUGUGUUUGUGAAUGUAGGUGAAAUUUAACUGUUAGAAAACAAACAGUGUUUGUCAGUGAAAAAGAGAAUUAGCCUGAUUUUCACGUUGAUAUCUACAUUUGACGGCCUUAGUCAUGACGCACUUAUUCAUGGUCAUCAUACAGCGCAGCGUAACAGACGUCACUUUAAUGCGACUUCCUUAAGAUAUCGAAAGUGCGGAGUUUGAACGAGUGUCUGAAAAACUAAUGUUUCAGCUUUAUUUAAACCUCAAAGUUAACCUCAUGUAGGCAGUUUUAAAAUUCUAGUUUUGUUAUUCACUGAAAAUACCAACAGACUCAGACUUUUAGAACAAACUAAGAGUCAGAUCAGCAGAAACAAAAACACGGAAAUGUUUCCUGUAACUGCGUCGCUCUGCUCGACUUUGCUGAUUCUCGGUGUCUUCGUGUUUGUCUCUGCAGGCCAGAAAAUCAUCACAGCUGAGCCUGGACAGAACGCCACUCUACCAUGUCGAGCUCCAAACAACAGCAGCAGCAUCUCAGUUGUAGAGUGGAGCAGAGCUGACCUGGGAGAUGAAUAUGUUCUUUUGUACCGGGAUGAGCUGUUUGAUCCAGAAAAACAGCAUCCAUCAUUUAAGAACCGGGUGGAUCUGCAGGACAGACAGAUGAAGGAUGGAGACGUGUCUUUGAUUCUGAACAAUGUGAUGAUUAAUGAUAAUGGAACGUACGAGUGUCAGGUCUUCAUGAGAGGAGCAAACAUGAGGAAGAGAGCUAAUCUAGUUAAUGAGCCCAUCAGCAUCAUCUACCUGAGUGUCGUUCCUCCAGGUCAGACAGGAGGAGACACAGAGGAUGGAUCUGUUGGACUGAUCGUCGGUCUGAGUCUUUCUGCUGUGCUUCUUGUUGUUGCUGCUGUUGUUGGAUUUCUGAUCUUCAGAAAACAUAAACAACAGCAGAAUCAGGAUUCAUACCAGCCUCCUGCUGAACUGCAGCCUCUUUGAAAUGUCUCUGAGCUUCUUUCAUGGUGAUGCUGAAUAAGAGAAGUCUAUAUUACUAAUCACAGAAGCAGGAGUAAGUCUGACUGAAGAAACCUGAACACUAGAGUCCA